UGUUAAGUAUGGCAGUCAUCGGCUGACGACAAUUUAAGCAACUAAACUCCAUUUCCCAGAAAUCCCAUGCAGGGGGGAAAUGUGUCCGUUGGCAAAAUUCGUCCGCCUCCCGAUAAAACUAUCAGCGGGGAGAGUAGCAUGCGUGAUCCCGACAGCCAGAAGCAAAACUAACAGAGGAGCAGAAUAAUCGAAAACAUCGAGACUGAAAAUACAGGCAGAAUGUCAGAUGUUUUAAUCCAGCGGAUAAAGGAGCUGGAGGCUGAGCUGGAGAAGCUCAGGUCCCAGCUGAAAGAGAGUAGUGAAACUGGAGAUGUUGAAAUGUCAUCCAGUCCAUCCCUUAAUGAAGACUGUAAAUCUGAUGGGAACACUGGCAGCAGCAAAAAGGAGAGAAAGAAAUCAGGAAAAGAUCGUCCUUUUGACUUCUCUGCACACCCCCGGCGCCAUGUGGCUCUGCGGCUGGCUUACCUGGGGUGGGCCUAUCAGGGGUUUGCAGUCCAGGAGAACACGGACAACACCGUGGAGGCCAGACUCUUUGAAGCCCUGCUAAAGACUCGGCUGAUCCAGGACCGCCAGAGUUCCAAUUACCACCGCUGUGGGCGCACUGAUAAAGGAGUCAGUGCUUUUUCCCAAGUCAUAACCAUCGACUUGCGCUCCACGCAGUUUUGUGCCGGUUUGGGCAUCACGCUGCCUGAAAAUGUUGACGUCAGUACCAAAGCCGCUUCUUCUGCCACCUCUGAGCUUCCAUACGUGAAGAUGCUGAACAGAGUCCUGCCGCAGGACAUCAGGGUCUUGGACUGGGCGCCAGUAGCGGAGGGUUUCAGCGCACGCUUUGACUGUCAGUCCCGCACGUACCGCUACUACUUCCCCCGAGGAUCUCUGGAUGUGGCGCUGAUGGCGGAAGCUGCUAAAAGAUAUGAGGGGACUCACGACUUCAGGAACCUGUGUAAAAUGGAUGUGGGCAACGGUGUCCUGCAGUUCGAGAGGACCAUCUUAUCAGCCACAGUCAAGCCUGCGCAGCCUCAGCACGCCUCCAGCACAGACCAGUAUGACCUCUUCAUAUUCGAGAUCAAAGGAUUAGCCUUCCUUUACCACCAGGUACGCUGCAUGAUGGCGGUGCUUCUGUUGAUUGGACAGAAGCUGGAAGCCCCAGAUAUAAUCAAUCAGCUCCUGGAUGUGGAGAAUAACCCCAGGAAGCCCCAGUACAGCAUGGCAGUAGACUACCCUUUGGUGCUGUACGACUGCCACUUUGAAGGCCUGAGCUGGACGCGGGAGAGUGAAGAGGGGGGCUUUGUCCUGGCUGCACUGCAGCAGCACUGGACCCAGAGCGCGGUGAAGGCCCACGUCCUGCAGGGGAUGAUCCAGGGCUUGGAAGACCGAGGAGCUGUGUCCUCCAACCACUGCUGGCUGGUAGAAGGCAGCAGGCAGAGAAAUUACCGGCCGCUCCUGGAGCGCCCGUGCUGCGAGAGCCUCGAAUCAAGGAUAAAUCAUUUCGUGAAAAGAGGCAGACUGGAGCGCGAGGAAGGGGAGAAUGGAGGCGAAAUGAUCCACAGGGGAAAAAGAUCUAAACAUUCGAACAUUUCUUCAGAGACGCCAAAACAAAAUAUGGAUCCAAAAGAAGAUUAAAGAAAAUGAAACUUAAGAAAGGACUUUAUUUGUAGCAAUUUUCAACCAUAAAUGGUUAAUUUUCCUUUUAUUUACUACAAACAGCGCAUGGAUAUUUUUGACUCAUGAUGAUGCGUGUUUUGCUUUAAAAUAAACACAUUUUGGAGAAAGUGG